AUGAAGCCUCAUCUAGGAGUGAGACAACCAGCCUUUCCAUAUCUAGACGGAAAGGGUAUGAUUCCUUCGAGCAUGGAUAAGAUUUCUCCGCCUAUUACUACAGCUCUUCCCUUUCACAUUCAAACGCACCUUAACAUCCGGAAACACCUGUUUCUUUCCUCUGCACUUUUUGCUUCCUUCUGGAUAGAUCUUUUUGUGUUUUUGAUAAGAAAAUUUGGCUUUUUUGGGAAGUUUGGUACUGGCGUUGCCCGUUUUCAGGUGUGGUUAUUUGAAAUGGGUUUUAAUGGAUUGGUGUUCUUGGAUCUUGGGGAAUUUGAAAUGGGUUUUGCUUAUGGUUUUUCUGGUAUCAGACACGCCCAGACUGGAGCAGAAAUCACUGAUACAGAAGCUUCGACCAGAACUCAGCCAAGGUCCAAUAGAUCAAUGUCCCUUGGAGGUAUGGAUUAUUCAGAUCCAAAAAGGAAAAACAAUGUUGUAGGAAAGAUUCUUUUGGCUGCUACCCUAACAGCUUUAUGUAUAAUUAUGCUCAAGCAAUCUCCAACCUUUAAUUCUCCAAGCCCGUUUGCUUUGCAUGAAGAAGGGGUGAUCCAUGUCCUAGUGACAGGUGGUGCUGGCUACAUUGGUUCUCAUGCAGUAUUACGACUGUUGAAGGACGGUUACCGAGUAACCAUAGUGGACAACCUUUCUCGAGGAAACUUAGGUGCAGUCAAGGUUUUACAAGAAUUAUUUCCAGAGCCUGGGAGGCUUCAAUUUAUAUAUGCUGACUUGGGAGAUCCUAAAACUGUUAACAGUAUCUUUUCACAAAAUGCAUUCGAUGCUGUGAUGCAUUUUGCAGCAGUUGCAUAUGUUGGGGAAAGCACCAUGUAUCCUCUUAAGUACUAUCACAACAUUACAUCAAAUACCUUGGUGGUGUUGGAGGCAAUGGCUGCAAACGAUGUAAAGACUUUGAUAUAUUCAAGUACAUGUGCAACAUAUGGGGAGCCUGAAAAGAUGCCUAUUACUGAAGAAACACCUCAGGUACCUAUUAAUCCAUAUGGAAAAGCUAAGAAGAUGGCAGAAGAUAUCAUCCUUGAUUUUUCUAAAAAUUCAGACAUGGCAAUUAUGAUAUUGAGAUACUUCAAUGUGAUUGGAUCAGAUCCAGAUGGCAGGUUAGGUGAGGCUCCUAGACCUGAACUGCGUGAGCAUGGACGAAUUUCUGGUGCUUGUUUCGAUGCGGCUCGUGGUAUCAUUUCUGGGCUGAAGGUUAAAGGAACAGACUAUAAGACGCACGAUGGAACUUGUAUAAGAGAUUAUAUUGACGUUACUGAUCUUGUUGAUGCUCAUGUUAAAGCACUUGAAAAGGCAAUGCCUGGUAAAGUAGGAAUCUACAAUGUUGGCACUGGAAAGGGUAGAUCAGUCAAGGAGUUUGUAAAGGCAUGUAAAACGGCAACUGGUGUAGAUAUCAAAGUAGACUUUUUACCUCGUCGGCCUGGCGACUAUGCCGAAGUGUUUAGUGACCCAUCAAAAAUCAACCGUGAGCUGAACUGGACAGCAAAACACACAGAUCUCCAGAAGAGCUUACAAGUUGCAUGGAGAUGGCAAAAAUUACAUCGAAACGGGUACGGAUCCCCUUUGUUGAUGGCUUCUUGA